UUCGGCGCCUCGCAGUCGGCUAGCUCCUCUCCGCGCCCUCCCGCUUCUAAAACCAGGCCUCCUCCUCAAGCCCCAGCCCGCGGCGUCAACCCCGCCAGCUCUCUCCCGCCCCGUCUCAUACUGUGGCCACUGCUGCCGCGGCCCCGGCCCCGAUGGCUCUGUGCAACGGAGACUCCAAGCUGGAGAAUGCUGGAGGAGACCUUAAGGAUGGCUGCCACCACUAUGAAGGAGCUGUUGUCAUUCUGGAUGCUGGUGCCCAGUAUGGGAAAGUCAUAGAUCGAAGAGUGAGAGAACUGUUUGUGCAGUCAGAAAUCUUUCCCUUGGAAACCCCAGCAUUUGCCAUAAAAGAGCAAGGAUUCCGUGCAGUUAUCAUCUCUGGAGGACCUAAUUCUGUGUAUGCAGAAGAUGCUCCCUGGUUUGACCCAGCGAUAUUCACUAUUGGCAAGCCUGUCCUUGGGAUUUGCUAUGGCAUGCAGAUGAUGAAUAAGGUAUUUGGAGGUACUGUGCACAAAAAAAGUGUUAGAGAAGACGGAGUCUUCAGUAUUAGUGUGGACAACACGUGCUCACUGUUCAGGGGUCUUCAGAAGGAAGAAAUUGUUUUGCUUACCCAUGGAGAUAGUGUAGACAAAGUGGCUGAUGGAUUCAAGGUUGUGGCACGUUCUGGGAACAUUGUGGCAGGUAUAGCAAAUGAAUCUAAAAAAUUAUAUGGAGCACAGUUCCACCCUGAAGUUGGCCUUACAGAAAAUGGGAAAGUAAUCCUGAAGAACUUCCUGUAUGAUAUAGCGGGGUGCAGUGGGACCUUCACUGUGCAGAACAGAGAACUCGAGUGCAUUCGAGAGAUCAAAGAAAGAGUAGGCACAUCAAAAGUUUUGGUUUUACUCAGCGGUGGAGUAGACUCAACAGUUUGUACAGCUUUGCUGAAUCGUGCUUUGAAUCAAGAUCAAGUCAUCGCUGUGCAUAUUGAUAAUGGCUUUAUGAGGAAACGAGAAAGCCAGUCUGUAGAAGAGGCCCUCAAAAAGCUUGGAAUUCAGGUCAAAGUGAUAAAUGCUGCUCAUUCUUUCUACAACGGAACAACAACUCUACCAAUAUCAGAUGAAGAUAGAACUCCACGAAAAAGAAUUAGCAAAACAUUAAAUAUGACAACAAGUCCUGAAGAGAAAAGAAAAAUUAUUGGGGAUACUUUUGUUAAGAUUGCUAAUGAAGUAAUUGGAGAAAUGAACCUGAAACCAGAGGAGGUUUUCCUUGCCCAAGGUACUUUACGUCCUGAUUUAAUUGAAAGUGCAUCCCUUGUUGCAAGUGGCAAAGCUGAACUCAUCAAAACCCAUCACAAUGACACAGAGCUUAUCAGAAAGUUGAGAGAAGAGGGAAAAGUAAUAGAACCUCUGAAAGAUUUUCAUAAGGAUGAAGUAAGAAUUUUAGGCAGAGAACUUGGACUUCCGGAAGAGUUAGUUUCCAGGCAUCCAUUUCCAGGUCCUGGCCUGGCAAUCAGAGUAAUAUGUGCUGAAGAACCUUAUAUUUGUAAGGACUUUCCUGAAACCAACAAUAUUUUGAAAAUAGUAGCUGAUUUUUCUGCAAGUGUUAAGAAGCCGCAUACACUGUUACAAAGAGUCAAAGCUUGUACAACGGAAGAGGAUCAGGAGAAGCUGAUGCAAAUUACAAGUUUGCAUUCAUUGAAUGCCUUCCUGCUGCCGAUUAAAACUGUAGGUGUGCAGGGUGACUGUCGUUCCUACAGUUACGUGUGUGGAAUCUCCAGUAAAGACGAGCCUGACUGGGAAUCUCUUAUUUUCCUGGCUAGACUUAUACCUCGCAUGUGUCACAACAUUAACAGAGUUGUCUAUAUAUUUGGCCCACCAGUUAAAGAACCUCCUACAGAUGUUACUCCCACUUUCUUGACAACAGGGGUGCUCAGUACUUUACGCCAAGCUGACUUUGAGGCCCAUACUAUUCUCCGGGAGUCUGGGUAUGCUGGGAAAAUUAGCCAGAUGCCAGUGAUUUUGACACCAUUGCAUUUUGAUCGGGACCCACUUCAGAAGCAGCCUUCAUGCCAGAGAUCUGUGGUUAUUCGAACCUUUAUUACUAGUGAUUUCAUGACUGGUAUACCUGCAACACCUGGCAAUGAAAUCCCUGUAGAGGUGGUGUUAAAGAUGGUCACUGAGAUUAAGAAGAUUCCUGGUAUUUCUCGAAUUAUGUAUGACUUAACAUCAAAGCCCCCAGGAACUACCGAGUGGGAGUAAUAAACAUCUUGUUCUAUUAAA